AUGGCAGUGAAUUACCUAGCUUCUCCACGGAGGAAACAGAGUGGAUUAAAGGCAGUAUUGACUUCAUUGGAAUUAAUCAUUAUUCAGCAAUAUAUGUCAAAGACUGCAUAUAUUCUAGCUGCAACCAGGCUGGGAAUCGUACGAUCCAGGCUUGUAGAGACAACUGGAGAGCGAGAUGGAGUUCCUACUGGAGAACCAACAGGAAUGCCAGCAUUUUUUGUAGUUCCAAGAGGCAUGGAGGAGAUCGUCAACUAUCUUAAGAACAGAUAUCGUAACAAGCCUAUGUUUGUGACUGAAAAUGGUUAUUCUCCGCCAGAGAAAGAAGAGGCACAAGUUCAAGACGUACUGCAUGAUGUGAAACGAAUUGAAUUUCACAAAGGAUACUUUGCUUCCUUGGCCCAAGCAAUAAG